AUGAGAUAUUAUGUGCAACAAUUAAUCUCGAGAAAUUUUGUUCUCAAGCAAAAUUGGUCAAACCUUUUUUUGAUAAAAAAAAUUGCAUCCGAAUUACGUCGGAAAAAUCACCUUGGAGCAACAUUCUUUGGAAUUUUGUUUGAGCAUAAUUAUAUGUAUGCUCUUACACCGCUGCCGAUAUUCCAUGAGCAGCAACACUUCAAUAAAAUUUAUCCAUGUAGAGAAUUUUCAACAACAUAUAACGAAUUAAAAGUGGGGAUUGUGCCGAUAUGUGGAAAUUUUCUAUCAUGGAAAAUUAAAUUACGUUUACUCUCUCAUCCAGUUCCCUCUGAAUUAUGGGAUCUUCUAGAAAUUCUUCCCGAUACUGAAAAUUAUCUUUACAAAUAUUUAAACAAUAAAGAUGUUUAUUUAUUAUUUUUAUUAAUAAGAAAACUUCCUCAAGUCAAACAAGCGCAAUUGGAUAAUAAAUGCACGAAAAUUUGGCGAGAACUACGGAAAUUUCGAAAACCAUUUGAUGAAAAAUCGUACAACUUCCUGUUACUGAAAGGACCGUAUUCAUUACGUCAAGAAAUUCUUGAUGAAAUGGUAUUUCAUAAUUAUAUACCAAAUAUUGCGGCAUUUUCACGUCUGAUUGAAGAUUCUUGUCGGGCACAAGACACAUUUCAAGCGAGGCAUUGGUUUCGAGUAAUGCAUGAAUUGAAACAAAGUCCAGAUGCACGAAUAUAUAAUCUACUUGUUUAUACUCAUACGAAUCUCACACAGGAAUUAAGUUUGGCAAAAUAUUUCUUGGGAAAAAUGAUUGAUGUUGGUCUGUUGCCUGUUCAAUCGGUCAUAUUUGAUUUUAUGCGGCAAUCUUUAAAUUCUAAUCAAUCAGAAAAUUUUGAUUGGGCUUUCGAAAGGUUUUUUAGAGGGAAUGGACAAAAAGGAUUUCAGGCAACAAUAGACGUUUAUCAUAUAUUACUUGAGAUUUUUGCCAAACAAUCUUCUUUUGAAUUGGCACAAAAAUAUUUUGAUGAUAUGAUUAAAGUGAAAAGAUUGGAACCGAAUGAGAUGACUUUUCAAUCUUUGAUCAAUGCUUAUGUUGGUGACGAUAAUUGGGAUAAAGAAGAUUCGACAAAUAUUUCACAAUCAAGUAGAUUGCAAAAAGCUUUAAAGAUAUUUAAAGAAAUGAAACCGACGCACCAUAUUAUAGCUACACUUGACACUCAUCUCCUAUUAAUUCGAAGGAUAUUAUACCCUUCAAAGUUUCUAAAUAUCAAUGAUAUUGAUUUUGCUGAUCUCAAUUAUCUAACAAAAAGUCUACUUGAGGACAUCCCGCGAGUUCAUUGGGAAAAGGUUUCCGAUUCGCUGUUUAUCGAUAUUUUUUCAAUACUUGUCAACCAUAAUUUCCUCACACAAUCGCACGCGAUCUAUUUCGAAUUACGCAAAAGAGACAAUUCUUUUGCAUUGGACAAUGGGGCAUCCGUAUUGAUAAAGAAGCAUUGUAAGGCCAGAGAUUUAUUUUCCGCAUUACAAAUUUAUUAUGACUUAGGUUCUGUGGGUAUAAAAGCAGAGUUAGAUGCCUACGCAUGCAUAAUGCAAGAAUAUAAUUAUCGUAAUGAUCCGGAUGGCGCAAUGAAAUUUUAUGAAUUUGCAUCUCUAACAAAUCCCAUAUUUAACAAAGAUUUCUAUCAGCCGUUACUUGAAGUAUGUGUAUACAAUAGAAGAGCAGAAUACGCGUUGGAGGUCUUGGAGGAUCUGAUUAGGCGCAGCUAUAGACCUGAUGUUUAUAUGUACAAUAUCACCCUUUAUGGAUUAUUUAAAAGUCGAAAUUGCGAAUCUGCUAAACGUUUAUUUCAAGAUAUGCAGAAACGCGGAAUUCGUCCACAAGUGGCCACAUACAACAUUCUUAUACAAGGAUAUGGAAACGUGAUGCCUGACUUGUCUGAAGUUAUUAACACUUAUCAAUUAAUGAUAGCUGCAAGAUGCGAGCCAGACUCGAAAACAUACGGAAAUUUAAUGAUGGCACAUAUUCGUCACGGUGAUUUAGAUAGAGCACGUAAAGUAUUCAAAGCGAACGUCGCUGCAAACAAACCUGUUGAUAUUCGAGCAGCAUGUGACCUAAUGAAAAAGCUCGCCAAAGUUUCUGAUAUCGAUUUCUGUUGGAAAGUUUAUCAUCAAUUAAAAUUAGAAAAGAAACUGUGUAAAGAAAUUUUUCAGGUUGCCUUCUACGUGGGUUAUCUUGCGCAUGAUGACGAGAAAGUUAAAGAUGUAUUGACAGAAUUGCAUACGCAAGGAGUAAAAAUAGAUCUUAGUGUUAUAAAGUAUCUUGGGCUUCAAAAGUAUCUAGGACGUCGAGACAGCGUAAAAUUUACUUGGUUGUUGAAUUUGUUAUCUUCGGAAGAAUAUGUUUAUAAGAAAUUGGAGAGUACUUCGUAA